CUUGGUCUCCGCACGGCGAUGUCAAAGUUCCGCCGAAGCUGCGCCGGGAGAUGGACGCUGUUUCGCUCACAAUGGAAGAGAGCUACGUUGAUGCGCGCGCAGGGAUCGAAAAUCCGGUGGAUCUCAGAGAAGGGGCCGAGAGAUGGUCCCCCGCGGAGCGAGCAGCGCGGCGGCAUUGCGGAGUUACCACACUGUGGCGGUUGACGUAGCCAACACCAAAAAUCGAACUUUUGUUUGCCCGCGAAUACGCCGCAUACGCUUGCCAGCAGCACCAAAGCCACCCGCAAACGCGUGUCGCAAACUGGACGGAGAUCUUGACCUUGUCCGCCAUGGCCUCGCCACAGCAGACGCUGCCCGCGCCCACCAUCGACCUGCUGCUGAACCUGAUCGAUACGCGGCCCAAUUCUAUUCUCGCCUCGCUUGUCCAGCACCCGCAGCUCGCCUCAGCCUCCGAUGCGCACGGCUACUCGCUCGUCCACGCCGCCGCCUCCUACAACCAGCUCGAGGUGCUGCGCGAACUCAUCCAGAAAUACAACGUCGACGUUAACAAGCUUGACGAGGAUGGCGAGUCGGCGCUGUUCGCUGCGGAACAGGCCGACGUUGCGCGCUGUCUCGUAGAAGAGCUAGGCGCGGACCGGGGCAUUCGCAAUGCCGAUGGCAAGACUGCAGAGGAAAAGAUUGCAGAAGAGGAGGGCGAGGCGCACGAAGUCUGUCAGUACUUGCGAGGUUUGCGCGGUGCCGGACAAGCACAACCCGUGAGCGCUGGAGUGGCAGAGACUGAAGGCGUGCACCCGCCGCCACCGCUGCCCAACGGCGUGCAGAUCAACGUUGGCACCAUGGCAGAAGACGCCGCGGGCGAAGCGCCAGACCCUGAGAUCCGGAGGCGCAUAGAGGAGCUUGCAUCGCGAGAGGACUUCCAGACAGACGAAGUCCAGCAGCAGCUUCGAGAGCUGAUCUCCGAGGUGGUCACUGGAAUGGGUUCCGAAGACUCGGGCCGCGGCGUACGGAGGAGGGUUGAGUGAGAUUUGCCAGCUUGGCGCGUUGAAGAGACGCGUAGUCGUUGCGAAGGCUAUUGUGGACAGCUUGCCUAUAUUGACCGGGUACGCCACGGCUGAUAAGGGACAUGCGCCGUAGACUGCGGGUAAUAGUCUUGCCCUCGGAAAGGCGGUCAAAUCGGUGUUGCUCUGAGUUUCUGUGCUCACUGUAGCCUUAGUGCCCCAUAUCGGAGCCAGAAGACGGAAUGAGAAGCAAAGUCGGAAGUAUGGUGUUAACAUGAGUGGACAUUAACAUACGCCAACAAUCAAUGCUUCUCCAUCAAAU